CUUUCCUUUUCAUAAACAAAGAUUAGAAAGUUGAAGUUGACGGAUCUGUUAAAUCAUAAUAAUGUGUUAUUUAUCACCUUUAGCUUGUAUUGUUAUUGCCUUUUUUGUUAUAUCAACAGCCCAAAAGACAUUAGAAUCCCUUAACAAUGAGUUGCAUAUCACAAAUUUUAUUUCUUGUAAGCCUGUCAGUAUAAGAUUACUGAUUGACACCUUUAGGCCAUCGAAAGUCAAUUUUCAAGCUAGACUACGGCUGUUUAUCAUUUUACUCAGGAUGUCAUUGUCCUUUUGGAUUGUGUUCUCAACAAUGGUAGAUCAAGAUGUCAGUACACAACCUGGACCAAUAAUGGCAAUAUCAAAGAAUCACCACAGGAUAUACAGCAGAGAUGGGCAUGAGAAAAAGAACCAUAUUUCUACAAAUGCUAUUACUUCAACAUGUUCAAGCAAACCUGAACAGCAUUUUGUUCCAAGUGAUGUUCAAAGACAAGACAAAAAAGAAGAGGAAGAUAAAAAAGUUUGUUACUUAUGGAGACAGUUUGUUACUGAAGAGGCAAAGCAAUGCAUUAAAUGUUCCUAUCUUUAUGACCAUUUUUACCAGCCAAGUAACAAUAGUUACAGAUCAUUUCAAACAUACCCAGCCACACCAAUUAGAGAAGAUGAAGAGCUUAAUCAAGAAAUACCUUAUUUUAGACUUGGAAAUACCAGAGCUGUUCUUGAUGGCAACCCAACAGAAAGUGGCUAUGCAAAUAACCAAACUAUUAACUUAAGUAACCAUCGUAGGAGAAAUUUGGAACGCAUAAGAUCAGAAACAAAUGAUUUGAAUUCCUUGAUGGUAAGCACCAUGUCUAGUGGUUUUAGCUCCUUGACAGUGUAUGAUCCUGGUGCAUUCGUAACAUCAAAUCGUAGAAAUGAUUUUCAGCUCAUGUCAACAGUAUCAAACAGAGGACCUACCAUAUCUUCUGGUUAUGAAUCAGGAAGGGGAAUAAGGCAUGCUGUUUCAGGGUCAUUUACCUUCUCCCUUGGACUUCAGGUGGACAGAGACACAAACGAAGAACAAAAUAACCCAGUAAACAAUUCAAUUCAACAAGAUGAACCUGAACACUUGAGUGAUCUAAUGCCUGCUGUUUCUGCAGAUGUUUCUGUGGAACUGAGCUGUAUAGCAAGCGAAAAUGAAAACCCUCAGGGAAAUGAGGCAGUGAAUAACAACAUGCAAAUGACUAAAAUAUGUCCAUCAGCUGAUCUAUCUUUGCCUGAAACACAAAGAACAGUUUUAAGAACAGUACGUGAUCAUGAUCUAUUAGCAUGUGCAAAUCAGCAAGAGAAUGAAAGCCAGACACUAUUAGCAACUAUAGUAUCAUUACAUAAUAUUACUGAAUUAAAAGAAACAGAAUCAAGUUGCAGUUCUCAGUCUACCAUGCAAGCUUCUGGAAAUAUCAGUCUCCAAGCUGUUAAUCAGACUUGUGUACCUUCUCAUUGUAUACCGGUAUUAAAUAGAAAUUUAGAUCUGGAAAGUUCAAGACAGACUGGUGGAGAGGAUGCAAUUCAUUCAAUGAUUCCUGUCUCUAGAUCUGAUAAUCAAGCAACUGGUAACACAAAUGAGGCAAUUGAAAUUUCAGCAUCACAAACCCAGUCAGCUAUCCAGCCUAUUUCAUCAUCAUCUGGGAGAAUCAAUGAGCAUACCCACAGGAAUGGAAAUUAUUACGGGAGUUAUAAUCGACUACAGUUUGUGGAUGAUGCUUUGUUUGGAGAUGGUCAACUUCAAGAUACAAACACUGAUGAAGAUAAAGUUGACCAGUGAGACAAAUGUUCCUAUUGUGACCUAUGAGUUCGACCUUUCACAACUUAACUGAAAGUCCUACAGCUGCUUAGUAUAAAGGAAACAAAAUGUAAUUUCAAUACUUUUUUUUAUAUAAUUCAAAUAUACAUGAAAUAUCUUGAGUUUUAAUGAAUUUGUAAGGACCUUUUUACAUGAUAGUUGUGUAUUAACAUUCAACAUUUGAAAUAAGCUUGAUGCAUUAGAUAAAUUUGAUUGAGGGAGCAAAAGUUGGUCACCAAUUUGUUUAUGUAUUUUUAGAUUUUUCUUGCAUUUUUCCUAUCUUGGUUUAUAAUACAUAAUAAUAAUUAAGUAGGUUAGUAGGUUAGUUACUUUAAAACAUUAUGUAACCAUUCUUAAACCAAUCAAAACACACUUUUUAAAAUUUUAAGUAUAAAAAACUUUUGGUCUGAUUUGACUAUGACCUGAUAAAGGUGAUAAAGAUUUGUCUGUUUUUGGUAUUUUUAGUAAAAAAGGUCAAUUUCAAGAAUAUUUUUAAAUUUUGUAAACAUCUUCUAAAUCCAAAACAGUACUUGCCAGUAAAUAAUUAAACACAGAACAUGGUUCUUGUUUUGAUAUAAAAAAUGAAAUAUGUUAUGAUUACCAAUUUGAC